AUGGGGCGCGGACGGAAGCCGGACCACAGGAAGGGCAAGAUGGCCCGCGGGGAGAUGGCGGAAGAAAACGUCUGGGAUCCCGACCCGGAUGCGGUGGCUGCGACGAUGCGCGCUGCGCAGCAGGCCGAGAGCUCCGACGACGAGGAGGCGCCCGUCGUGCCGCAGCAGCGGCGCGUGCCCAUGAUGCCCCCGAGCGACUCGGACGAGGAGGAGGAAGCCGCCCCGCCACAGAAGAAGGCUCAGGAGAAGCCCGAGGAGUCGUCCUCGGAGGACGACCUGGCGGACCUGGACGCGAUGAUGCGGCGGGAACCGCGCAGCGUGAAGAACGCGCGCGAGGAGGCGCAGAAGGAGGCGGACCACGGGCGCUCGAAGAAGGAGCUCAAGGAGGAGAUGGACCGCCUCGCGAUCGUCAAGAAGCGCCGCGAGGAGCAGCGACUCAAGCGCAUCAAGGAGGAGGGUUGGGAUCGCUUUGCGCCGAUCACGGAGACGAACAAGCCGCCCGGCGGGGACGCCGCGCUGCUGACGCAGCAGAAGGGGAGCUGA